UGGUAUUUCUUUUCUUUGGGGUUUUCUAAAGCUGAGUUAACUUCUACCCAUAUUGAACCACCCAUUUCUUCAUUGACAUUUAACUCUUUCUACGCAUUCAAGGCCAAGCCGAGUUCAAAUCAAUGCUUUUUAUUCAUUUGAAAUAUUAAAGAUUUUAUUUCAGCCAGCUUUUUGUACACUGAGGAUUUUUCCUCAGCCUUUACACCUUGUAGUACAAAGAAUGCAGAAGGCCAAUAAAUGUAUUGAAGUACAAAGAAUGCAGGAGGCCAAUAAAUGUAUUGAAGAUUUCUUUGUAAACGAUCUGUAUGAAGGACUUGUGAUGGCUUCUUCGAGCAGGAGAAAGAGCAGUGCUAAAGGAGUUGCCUCUCCAAGCUUCUUCAAGGUUGUUGUGGAUGAGGCUCUUGAAGAUGGGAUGCUUGAAAUUGAAGGUUAUGUUGCGAGGAACUAUGAAGAUUUCCUGGGAUGCUCAGUAGUCCUCACUGAUCCGAAAGGUUCUAUGUGGCCAAUGGAACUCAAAAGGAGCAAUGGCAGCGUUUGGUUGAAAAAGGGUUGGCUAGAAUUUGCCAACUUUUAUUCCCUAAAACAAGGAUGCUUCAUAUUUUUUACCCACAAAGGCUUCGAUUCAGGUUUCCAAGUACGUAUUUUCAAUAAGAGGUGGUUGGAGAUAGAUUAUCCAUUCAAAUCAAGCCAUCAAGAGGAUUGCAAGUUUCGUAGAGGAGGUGAUGAAGCCUUUACAAGAGCUAAGAGGUUCAAAUCCAACCAUCCAUGUCUUGCUGUCAGAAUGCAACCCUCCUACCUGUUAAGGGGUUUGAAAUUGAAUGCAACCUUUGUGAAUGAAAAUAUCUGUGCAACAGGCGCCACUCGCAAAAUCAAGCUACAGAUUCCAAAUGGGAAAACCUGGUCUGCUAAGUGCUCUGUCUACUUAUGCAUGAACAAAGACUAUGCAAAAAUCUGCAGUGGUUGGACAAAGUUUGCGGCAGAAAAUAAGCUGCAAGUAGGGGAUGCUUGUGCGUUGGAGCUGAUAAAGGAGUGCCCUAAACUUACAUUCUUGGUUCACAUAUUCCGAGCUAACUAAGAGAUGCAUGUGGGCUGAUAGUAGAAAGACUGUAGUUUGUUAUGCUUCUACCUCCUUUUCAUCUGUUAUUUCGCAGAACAUGAUGAAUUAGCAAAAAAAUCUAUAAUUCCAGCAUUUCCAUUUCCUUUCAA